AUGGCCGGACCCGUUGGAACAGUAGUCGAUUUAAAAUAUACAAGUAUUAAGUUAAUUAUAGAGGAACAAUUUGAAAGUACUCUUAAAGAAUCACGAAUUGCUAAUUGUCCCCACUUGAGUGAAAUCUGCGUUCCAGGCGCAGAUAGCCGGGGGCUAGCAUGCAGCUGCAGUGUCAAUCAUUUCGCAUGUACGACCCCUCAGUAUGGCAACUGCACCUGUAUACCCGUCAGGUGGCGUUGCGAUUCUGACGACGAUUGCGGAGACGGUAGUGAUGAGAUUGACUGUGAUGCAGCUGCAUGUUCCCGGGAUAUGUUUAUGUGCAACAGCGGAAAGUGCAUUAUAACUUCAUGGUGGUGUGACGGAGAAAAUGAUUGUGGCGAUUACUCUGAUGAAGCAGAUUGCGGUGCAAGGAAUUGCUCGAAAAAGGAAUUCCCAUGUGGCAACGGCCGUUGCAUUCCCUCUGAUUGGCGUUGCGACGGAACCAAUCAGUGUGGUGAUAACAGUGACGAAGAUUGCUCUGCUCAGUCAUGUGCUAGCAAUGAAUUUCGCUGCAACGACGGCGGUUGUAUCAUCGUAGACUGGACUUGUGAUGGUAGCGUGGACUGUCAAGACGGUUCGGACGAGGAUGGAUGCAAUAGCGACAACGAUCAAACAUGCCCACCUAGUCAAUUUCGGUGCGUUAACAGUAGGUGCAUCUCUGAAUCUUAUGUUUGUGACGGGGACAAUGACUGUGGAGACUGGUCAGACGAAAGUAAAUGCCCUGGAGAAGUGGCAUGCAGAGAUCGAGAGUUCCGUUGCGACGAUGGACUUUGCAUUAAUGCAGAUUGGAAAUGUGAUGGUGAAAACGAUUGCGAUGAUAUGUCAGAUGAAAAAGAUUGCCAAAUGCCAGAAUGCGGAGAAGAGGAAUUCCAGUGCAGAGCGGGGAGGUGUAUCAAGAGGCAGUGGCGUUGCGACGGGGAGUUUGACUGCGCGGACAACAGCGACGAAGAUGGAUGUGCGGCAGACGAGUGUGCAGCUGGCCAGUUUCGAUGCAAUGACGGUUCCUGCAUCAGCCAACUACAUGUGUGCAACGGAGAGUAUGAGUGUCCUGACGGCUCUGAUGAGCUGGAAAACAGGACCUGCAAAACUGGCUCGCCGUGUCGUGAGGACGGUUUUCCGUGCCAGCACCUGUGUCUGUCAACUUCCACGGGUCCCCGCUGCGCUUGCAAACAUGGUUAUCACCUCGCUCUGGACAGGAGAUCCUGCAGGGAUAUUGACGAGUGCCAAGUAGAAGGCACAUGCAGCCAAUUUUGUGAAAAUACGGCUCCAGGCUACAAAUGUACUUGUGUUGAAGGCUACCGACUUGGCACCGACAAAAGAAAAUGCAAAGCGACGGGUCCUGACCCUUUCCUAGUGUACGCUAACCGUGCAGACAUCAGAAUGGCUACUCUUACGAGUAACGACGAACCCCCUUCAAAACUACUCAGUGGUUUGCAAAAUGCCAUUGCUGUGGAUUUUCACUGGGAGAGUGGACGAGUUUUUUGGUCAGAUAUAACCACCGAUGUCAUAAGAACAGCUUACUUCAACGGAACGGGAAUUGCGGAUGUCAUCACUUAUGGCUUAACAAGCCCUGCUGGUUUAGCAGUCCAUUGGCCUCUCGAGAAAAUUUUAUGGACAGAUUCUGGCCAAGCUAGAAUAGAAGUCGCUUCUUUUGAUGGAACUAGCCGGAGAGUGUUGAUAUGGAAGAACUUGGAUAAGCCCAGAGCGAUAAUAGUUAACCCUGAAGAAGGCACCUUGUACUGGACGGACUGGGGAAGUCGUCCUCGAAUCGAAAAAGCCCUUCUAGAUGGAAGUGAACGAAAAGCUAUUGUAGACACUUCUUUGUUCUGGCCUAAUGGUUUGACAUUGGACUAUCCAGCACAGAGACUUUAUUGGGCAGACGCCAAACACCACGUCAUAGAAACUUCAGCAUUAGAUGGGAGCGGAAGAAGAAGAGUCAUUGAAAGAGAUUUACCACACCCGUUUGCCCUCACCGUGUUCGAAGAUCAGCUCUUCUGGACAGAUUGGCAGACGAGGAGCAUUCACCAGGCAAAUAAAUUCACCGGAAGGAAUGCUACAACUCUGCAUGCGCGGUUGAAUUUUCCCAUGGACCUCAUAGUCGUGCAUCCCCUUCGGCAACCUUAUGUGAGAGACUCGUGCGCCGAAGACAACGGUCGUUGCAGUCAUCUUUGUAUGCCCAACAACGUUUCAUACACAUGCUUAUGCACAGUAGAUGCUCCGGUGCAACUUGAUGAGAAAACGUGUACAAAUGAAUCGAGCUCUUUUCUCAUCUUCAGUCGCAGGAGUGAUGUCCGCUGGCUGUGCAUAGACUGCGAAGAUGAUGUGGAUGUCGUGUUUCCAUUCCGUCGCAUUAGCAGUGCAGCAGCAUUAGAUUUCGAUGCCGACACGAACACCAUUUAUUGGUCAGAUGUAACUAAUGACUCCAUCUCCCGUGCCAAAGUUGAUGGUUCUGAUCAACAGUUUGUUAUUGCUAAUACUUUGGAAAGUCCAGAUGGCUUGGCUGUGGAUUGGGUGACGCAUAAACUUUACUGGACCGAUUCUGGGACAAAGCGGAUAGAAGUGGCCAUGUUGGACGGCAGCAUGAGGACGAUACUUGUUUGGGAUAACCUUGGAAAACCCAGAGACAUUGUGCUAGAUCCAACUACAGGGUAUAUGUACUGGACAGACUGGGGGGAGCAUCCUAAAAUAGAAAGGUCUGGAAUGGAUGGUUCUCAUAGAAUGGUGAUUGUUGACAAGAAUGUUACUUGGCCCAACUGUCUUGCAAUUGACGGAGAAAGGAAAAAAAUCUAUUGGACUGACGCUGGAACGAGAAUGAUAGAAUCAAGUGACAUGGAUGGACAGAACAGACAGGUUCUAAUAAGUAUAGACUUGCCUCAUCCGUUUGGUCUCACAUUGCACGAAAACAGAAUUUACUGGACUGACUGGACAGAGCACACAAUCCAAAGUGCUGAUAAAGUGACUGGAAAAGAUCGAAAAAUUAUUCUAAAGGGAUUGGAGAUUUUACUGGAUAUUCACGUGUUUCACAAAAAGAGACCAUCAGUUGCCAGUGAGUGUAAAAUAAACAAUGGUGGCUGCAGUCACUUGUGUUUAAUAUCUCCUAAUCCAAAAGGAUAUUCCUGCAAGUGUCCAACAGGGAUUUUGCUUCAAGAUGACAAGAAAACCUGUCGCAAAGGAAUGAAGAAUUUUUUAAUCGUUGCAAAGCGCACUGAUGUUCGGAAAGUAUCUUUAGAUGUUUCUUAUAUGGCUGAUGUUGUUUUGCCAAUCAGUGAUUUGAACAAUGUUAUUGCCUUGGAUGUUGACACAAAAGGAGAGAAGAUCUACUGGUCUGAUACCGGAAGAAACAUAAUUCAGCGGUCCGAACUGAAUGGUUACCUAGUAGAAAAUGUGAUUACUAAGGGACUAGGAUCCGUAGAUUUUCUUGCUGUGGACUCAAUAGGUCGAAAGCUUUACUGGACGGACGAUCAACGGAAAUGCAUUGAAGUAUCAGAACUGGAUGGUCGGCACCGGAAGGUCCUAAUAUGGAGCAAUUUGGAUAGCCCAAGAGCAAUUGCAUUACAUUAUGAACCGGGUUUCAUGUAUUGGACCGACUGGGGCAAUAAACCUCGAAUCGAACGCUCUGAAAUGGAUGGCGGAAAGCGAGUGGCUAUCAUUGCAGACAGCUUGGGGUGGCCGAACGGACUCACUAUCGACAAAGAAAACUCUCAACUUGUUUGGGCCGAUGCAAGACGUCAUGUAAUUGAAGCAUGUGAUUUACAUGGUCAGCACCGUCGUAUUCUCGUAGCUGAUGUGCCUCAUCCAUAUGGUGUAGCAGUGACGCCUCGUUACAUUUAUUGGACUGACUGGCAUGAACGGUCCAUUUUGCGUGCCAACAAACAUACAGGACGUAACAUGAUAAACGUCUGUUCAAACCUGCCGAAUCUUAUGGAUAUGCAUAAUAUACAGCUUAAUCAUACAGGAGAAAAUAAAUGCGAAGGACAUAAUGGGGGAUGCACGCAUCUGUGCCUUCGAACUUCACUUGGAUAUUCUUGUGCAUGCCCUACAGGAAUCCGAUUACAGGACAAUGAGCAUAAUUGUGAUGAAUCACCUUCGACAUUUUUAUUAUUUGCUAACCGUGCCAGUAUUCGCCGCAUUUCCUUGGACACGUCAGAGAACAUGGAUGUGUACUUACCUAUAGGUGAAACAUACAAUACAGUAGCAGUAGAUUUCGACUACCAAGAAAAGAAAAUUUACUAUUCAGAUGUAAAGCUUGACGUCAUUCGGCAAUCUAAUUGGGAUGGUACAAGUAUCAAAACAAUUAUAUCAACUGAUUUAACAACAGCUGAUGGAAUCGCUAUUGAUUGGAUAGCGAAAAACCUGUACUGGACGGAUGCUGGUCGAAAUGUGAUUGAAGUUUCCAGAACUGAUGGCACAAGCAGGAAAAUUCUUGUAGAUCUUGAUUUGGAUGAGCCAAGAGCAAUAGUUGUCUUUCCUAGAAGAGGGUUGCUCUUCUGGUCUGAUUGGGGGAAGCCACCUAAAAUCGAAAGAGCUUAUUUGGAUGGAAGUGGCCGUCGUGUUAUCGUAGCAACUGAUUUAGGAUGGCCUAAUGGUUUAACGAUAGACUAUGAGGCCCGGAGGCUUUACUGGGUAGAUGCUCAUUUAGAUAGAGUGGAAGCUUCCGAUCUCGCCGGAAAGCAAAGGGUGCAGAUUGUCCAAGAUGUCGCACAUCCUUUCGGGCUUACGUUGUAUGGUUCUUAUUUGUAUUGGACUGAUUGGCACACAAAAUCAAUAGAAAGAGUAGAAAAGGAAACUGGUAAAAAUCGAAUUGUUAUUAGAGACAACAUAGAAUAUCUAAUGGAAAUAAAAACAGUUGCAUCCUCUAGACAGACAGGUAGCAAUCCAUGUGGUAUUAACAACGGUGGUUGCAGCCAUUUGUGCCUCUUUAGAUAUCAAGGAUACAUCUGUGCAUGUCCGUCCUAUCAUGAUCCCAGACCUUGCUUAACAGUUGCUGGAGCCAAAAUACCAGAACCUACUAAGAGUACAGAACCUGAGGAAAAGCUGACUUUGAAGGAAGCUACCGUGCCAGCCACAAUUCCAGCAAAUAACAGUUUAGGUUGUUCCGAAACUGAUAUGCAGAUGGGACGAUGCCACAUCAUUGGUUUUCCUCCGCCAGAUCCAGUACUUCAAACUGCCUACAUAGCGUUAAGCGUAGUUCUUCUAAUUGUAGGAUUAGUUCUAACUAUAGCUCUUAUAUUUUGGAAGAAAAACAAAAAACGUCGUCAAGAGGAGCUUGAGUCCACGCUUACUUUCUCCAAUCCCACAUACAGUGCCUCGAGCGGGGACCCCUUAGCGGCAGGGGAUCGAAAAGUAUGGCCCUGGAAGAAUCAACACAGGGUGCAAAAGAAACAGGCCCGAUUGAUGGGCGUGUGUAAAGAAGGUCCUUUAAACAAUCUCGAGGUGUCCGCCCUAGUGUGCCGAAACAAACUCUCGAGCUUAGACAUAAUGCAUCCGCCGGCGCCGCCCCAAAGGAUAGACAGCAGGCAAAGUCCCUGCAAAGGUCCCUCUUCAGAACACAGCACUCUAACGUACCGUACUGUCGAGACAGACAUCUGA